AUGUGGGUUCGUCGGGCGAGGCGAGCUCGUCGGCGGAAUCCGCAGUUUCGGGGUCGGCGUCGGAGGCCGACGAAGUGGCCGACGAGGUGGUGUUGGUGGCUGCCAUGGCGGCCAAGGCAGCCCCUGGCGGUGCCGGACAGGGAGGACCCUCCGGGUGGAGGUGCCGCGACGCUUGCGCACCAAGGUGCGGGCUACCUCGGGCAGGUGGCGGAAGGUGGGGGAGCGGAGGCCGAGCUCCCUUCUGCGGAGGAGGUGCGUGUGGAGCGCCUCCAGCAGGAACUGCAGGUCGCCCAGCAGGCGGCCGUCGAGGCCAAACGAGGGGAGGUGGGAGACGUCUCCGCGGCGGGGGCGGCCGAGCGGUCCGCCCGAGCGGUCGGCGCGGACGCCGCUCCGUCGCGCCGCGCGCCGAAGGCCGCGCGGGUGGCGACGACCGG